UGUGGAGGCGGCGGUGGCUGUGGAGGCCGCGGCACCGGCACCGAGAGCAACAGCAGCGGUAGCAACAGCGACGGCCGUACCAAGGAAGGGAGCUCCGUGCCCCGGCGCCCGGCCGGCGGCACCGCCUCCCCGAUCUACAAUGCCUCGCUGAGCCAGCCUAGUAGCUGAGUGGAGCCAAGCAAAGAGCACCCAUGGAUGGGCCCCUGGCAGGUGGCCUGGCUGCCCCAGAUCGUCCUUGUGGCCCUGAGAGACUGCCUGGCCCAGCACCAAGGGAAGACAUUAAAGGUGGAGCUGAGGCUGCUGAGGGGGAAGGUGGCAUCUUCCGGUCCACCUACUACCUGCCUGUCACCAAGGAGGACCACCAGGAAAUUCUGGAUGGCAGAGGUGGCAUUUCCGACGGGCAGCCCCAUCCCGGCCUCAGCGAAGCCCUCCCCCGUGCCACCUCCGCCACCCAUCGGAUCAGCAGCUGCUGCUGGGAUGGAGGCAGCCUAGACUUCCGGCCGGGCUCCCCACUACCCCAUCUCCUGGACCACUUUCCUGGUCCACCUGAUGGCCAAGGGCCCUGGGAGCACCCUCUGGUCCAGGAGGCCAGGGAGAGCAUCCCAUCUGAGCAGAGGUUUGAGGACUCAGUCAUUGUGAGAACUGUGAAGACCCAUCCUGAACUUGAGGGCUCUAGAAGGUUCUUACACCCCCAGUGUGAACCGAAGAUCUUGGAAAAGGUCUCCCGGGGCCUCCCCAGAUUGGACUGGCUCCCAGAUGGAGAAGAGCAGCCUCCACCUCAGGAUAUAGGGCUACACCUGGACCUGCCACCCCAGCCACAGCCCCUUACCUCCUUCCGGACUGUGCUCGUGCCAGUAGAAGAUCCCACUAAGACACUGGAUGUAGUGGCAACUGGCACCAGAGAGCACCUGAUGGACCUUGAGGGGCUAGCCCAGCAGUCUGAUGAGUGGGAUCUUCCCAGGUCGGCCUUAGAGGUGGCCACACAGACCUGGACAGUGAAUUCAGAGGCAUCUGUGGAGCGACUUCAACCACUGCUGCCCCUGGUCCAAACAGGACCAUACCUGUGCAAGCUGCUGGAAGAUGUGGCUGAGGGAGCAGCCAGUGAAAAUGAGGAUGAGGAGGAGCCAGCUGUGUUCCCGUGUAUUGAGUGUAGUAUCUACUUCAAGCAGAAGGAGCACCUGCUGGAGCAUAUGAGCCAGCACCGCCGAACCCCAUGUCAGGAGCCCCAAACUGACCUAGCCCCGUUGGCCUGUGGAGAAUGUGGCUGGGCCUUCACUGACCCGGUAGCCCUUGAGCGGCAUCGGCAGCUGCAUCAGGCAUCCCGGGAGAAGAUUAUUGAGGAGAUACAGAAGUUGAAGCAGGUUCCAGGAGAUGAGGGCCGGGAGGCAAGGCUGCAGUGCCCCAAGUGCAUCUUUGGCACCAAUUCCUCCAAAGCCUUUGUGCAGCAUGCCAAGCUGCACGUGCGCCAGCCUCAGCGCCAGGCAGCCAAAGAGCCCUUUGGGGGCAGCAGUGGGGCCGGCAGCCCCGGCCUUGAUGUUACCACCCUCACCUAUCAACCCUUUCAGGCCUCCUCCGGCCUCAGUGCCUGUGUUUUCUGUGGCUUCCCUGCACCCAGUGAGAGCCUGCUCAGGGAGCAUGUGAGACUUGUACAUGCCCGUCCCCGCUGGGAGGAGGAUGGUGAAGCUUUGGAUGAGGAACCUGCCAGCCAGCCUGGUACCAGCCAGGAUGUGUACGCCCGCUUCUCUGCUGAGGAAUACUUUGGCAAAGCUGAGCCACUCUUGGCCCCCACGUGGCAGGAGAACCCUGCUGGAUACGACCCCAGUCUGGCCUUUGGCCCAGGCUGCCAGCAGCUGGGCUUGAGGGAUUUCCCACUGUCAAAGCCUCUCCUCCCACAUGGCUUGGGCCAGAGGCCCCUAGGAAGUCCAGCCUUUCCCUCACCACUAGCAUCUACCCCCUAUUCCUUACAGCCCAGUAGAAGCAGAAGCAGUGUCCACCCACAGGGUCUCCCAGCCCAAGUGGAAGACCGGAGGUACCCUUGGAGUGAAGAAGAGGAGGAUAUACCCCUGGCAUCAGAAAUGGACUUUUCCCCUGAAAAUGGCAUCUUUCCACCCCAAGUUGCCCCUGGCCUCAUCCCCCAGCCAGCCCUGGCAUUGAAGCAGACUUUCCAGGAAGCCCUGUGGGCAGCUGAGGCCUCACAGGAACAGCAGCAGCAGCUCUGCAGAAUGGUGCCAGUGGUGCUGGUUGCAAAGCUGGGGCCACAAGUCAUGGCUGCUACAGCCAGGAUGCCCCCAAGAUUGCAGCCUGAAGAAUUGGGACUGGGGGUUACCCACCCAUUGGACUUCCUACUCCUGGAUGCACCAUUGGGUGGCCCACUGGGACUGGACACACUCCUGGAUGGGGACCCAGCAGUGGUACUGAAACAUGAGGAGCGGAAAUGCCCCUACUGCCCAGAUCGCUUCCACAAUGGCAUCGGCUUGGCCAACCAUGUUCGGGGCCACCUGAACCGUGUGGGUGUCAGCUACAACGUCCGACAUUUCAUCUCUGCUGAGGAGGUGAAGGCCAUCGAGCGCAGGUUCUCCUUCCAGAAGAAGAAGAAAAAAGUGGCGAACUUUGACCCAGGCACCUUCAGUCUGAUGCGCUGUGACUUCUGUGGGGCUGGCUUUGACACACGAGCUGGCCUUUCCAGCCAUGCCCGGGCCCACUUGCGGGACUUCGGCAUCACCAACUGGGAGCUCACCGUCUCACCCAUCAACAUCCUGCAGGAGCUGCUAGCCACCUCCUCUGCUGAGCAACCUCCCAGCCCCCUGGGCCAUGAGCCUGAGGGGCCACCUGGUGGCUUCCUGACUUCCCGCAGGCCCCGCUUACCUCUCACAGUGCCCUUUCCACCUACCUGGGCUGAGGACCCUGGGCCAGCAUAUGGAGAUGGCCUAGGUUCUGAGGAAAACACAAUGGUGGCCAUGGACUUGGGUUCCCCCCCGCUCCCCAAGAAGAGCCUGCCUAUCCCUGGGCCCCUGGAGCAGGUGGCCAAUCGGCUGAGUAGCAAAGUGGCAGCAGAGGUUCCUCAUGGCAGCAAGCAGGAGCUGCCGGACCUCAAGGCUCAGAGCCUGACCACCUGCGAGGUCUGCGGCGCCUGCUUUGAGACACGGAAAGGCCUGUCCAGCCAUGCACGCUCCCACCUGCGGCAGCUGGGGGUUGCUGAGUCAGAGAGCAGUGGUGCCCCCAUCGACCUCCUUUAUGAGCUUGUGAAGCAGAAGGGCCUGCCUGACACUCACCUUGGGCUGCCCCCGGGUCUGACCAAGAAGACCAGCUCACCGAAGGAGGUGGUUGCUGGGGCCUCCCGGCCAGGCCUGCUCACCCUGACCAAGCCCCUGGAUGCUCCUGCUGUCAACAAGGCCAUCAAGUCUCCUCCUGGCUUCUCAGCCAAGGGUCUGGGUCACCCACCGAGUUCCCCACUCCUCAAGAAGGCACCGCUGGCCCUGGCAGGCUCCCCCACCCCCAAGAAUCCUGAAGACAAGAGCCCCCAGCUGUCCCUGAGCCCCCGGCCGGCCUCCCCAAAGGCACAGUGGCCCCAGUCUGAGGACGAGGGGCCUCUGAACCUCACUUUAGAUAGUGCCGGGGGCAGAGAGCUGGACUGCCAGCUGUGCGGUGCCUGGUUUGAGACCCGCAAGGGCCUGUCCAGCCACGCCCGCGCCCACCUGCGCCACCUGGGCGUCAGCGACCCGGACGCCAAGGGAUCCCCCAUAGACGUGCUCCACGGGCUCAUCAGGAGGGACGGCGUCCAGAUCCGCCUCCCACCAGGGCGCGGCGCCCUGGCCCACCUGGGUCGCCCUCCUCUGGCCUCCGCGGCCUUCUCCUUGCUCCCCCCCCCACCGCCGGCCAAGAAGGCCAAGCUGAAGGCCACGGGUAUGGCCAACCCCUGGGGGAAGCAGGACCUCUCGGCCGCUGCAGCCGCUGGCAUUUUCUGGGCCUCUGAUGUGGAGCCAUCUCCUCUCAACCUCUCCUCAGGCCCAGAGCCAGCACGGGACAUCCGCUGUGAGUUCUGCGGUGAGUUCUUUGAGAAUCGCAAGGGCCUGUCCAGCCACGCACGUUCCCACCUGCGGCAGAUGGGUGUGACUGAAUGGUACGUCAAUGGCUCACCCAUCGACACACUGCGGGAGAUCCUCAAGAGACGGACCCAGUCCCGGCCUGGAGGACACCCUAACCCACCAGGGCCUAGCCCAAAAACCCUGGCCAAGGUGGUGGGCAGUGGAGGUCCUGGCAGCUCACUGGAAGCCCGCAGUCCCGCAGACCUUCACAUCUCACCCCUGGCCAAGAAGUUGCCACCGCCACCAGGCAGCCCCCUAGGCCACUCACCAACUGCUUCUCCUCCUACGGCCCGGAAGAUGUUCCCAGGCCUGGCUGCACCCUCCCUGCCUAAGAAGCUGAAGCCUGAACAAAUGCGGGUGGAGAUCAAGCGGGAGAUGCUGCCAGGGGCCCUUCAUGGGGAGUCUCACCCAUCUGAGGGUCCCUGGGCUGCACCUCGGGAAGACUUGACCCCUCUGAACCUAUCGUCCCGGGCAGAGCCAGUGCGUGAUAUCCGCUGUGAGUUCUGUGGCGAGUUCUUCGAGAACCGCAAGGGUCUGUCGAGCCACGCGCGAUCCCACCUGCGGCAGAUGGGUGUGACUGAGUGGUCUGUCAAUGGCUCGCCCAUUGAUACGCUACGGGAGAUCCUCAAAAAGAAGUCCAAGCCAUGCCUCAUCAAGAAGGAGCCACCUGCGGGAGACUUGGCCCCUGCCUUGGCUGAGGACGGCCCCCCCACAGCGGCCCCUGGGCCCAUGCAGGGGCCCCUGCCACUGGCGCCUAUGGCUGGCCGGCUGGGUAAACCAGGAGCUGGCCCAGCCCAGGUUCCCCGUGAGCUCAGCCUGGCACCCAUAACUGGUGCCAAGCCCUCAGCCACAGGCUACCUGGGCUCAGUGGCAGCCAAGCGACCUUUGCAGGAGGACCGCCUCCUCCCGGCAGAGGUCAAGGCCAAGACAUACAUCCAGACUGAACUGCCCUUCAAGGCAAAGACCCUCCAUGAGAAGACCUCCCACUCCUCCACUGAGGCCUGUUGUGAGUUGUGUGGCCUUUACUUCGAAAACCGCAAGGCUCUGGCCAGCCACGCAAGGGCACACCUGCGGCAGUUUGGUGUGACAGAGUGGUGCGUGAACGGCUCACCCAUUGAGACACUCAGCGAAUGGAUCAAGCACAGGCCCCAGAAGGUGGGCGCCUACCGCAGCUACAUCCAGGGCGGCCGCCCCUUCACCAAGAAGUUCCGCAGUGCUGGCCAUGGCCGCGAUGGUGACAGGCGGCCGCCCCUGGGGCUGGCACCUGGGGGCCUGGCCAUGGUGGGCCGCAGUGCCGGGGGUGAGCCAGGGCUCGAGGCAGGCCGAGCAGCCGACAGUGGUGAACGGCCUCUAGCAGCCAGUCCACCAGGCACAGUGAAGGCUGAGGAGCAUCAACGGCAAAAUAUAAACAAGUUUGAACGCCGACAAGCCCGCCCUCCAGAUGCCUCUGCAGCCCGGGGAGGCGAGGAAGCCAAUGACCUGCAGCAGAAGCUGGAGGAGGUCCGGCAACCCCCACCCCGGGUUCGGCCGGUUCCCUCCCUGGUGCCCCGACCCCCCCAGACUUCACUUGUCAAGUUUGUUGGCAACAUCUACACCCUGAAGUGCAGGUUCUGUGAGGUGGAAUUCCAGGGGCCCCUCUCCAUCCAGGAGGAAUGGGUGCGGCAUUUACAGCGGCACAUCCUGGAGAUGAAUUUUUCCAAAACGGACCCCCAACCUGACGAGCCCCAGGCGCUGCAGGCACAGACAGCGGCAGCUGAGGCACCCUAACACAGAAGCAUUCCAGAUCUCCUCUCGUGCCACCUCUGUCUCCUCUUCCUCCUCAAUCUUUUCCUCCCUCCGUUCCCUCUUUCUUUUCCGUUUCCAAAGGAGCAAGCCAGAACCUCAAACCGGCACCCUUUGGGGCCGGGCACACUACAGCCGGGGCGUCCUUACCCCAGCCUGAGGACACUGGGGCCACAGGGCAACUUCCUCCAGCCCACCCUCACCCAUUCCAGCAGGGUCAAUGGCCAGGUCUCUGGUCACAGGGGAAGCAGGCCAGCACUCCCCUGUGUCUAGCAGCCAGAUAGGGUUAUGUUUGCUAUCUGUGGCCAUUUGCAAAGAUCCCAAAGACCCCUGUCCUGGUUCCCUUUUGCCCUGGUGAAUAUCCUCUCACUGCACGCUCAUGCGAACACAGAUACACGCAUACACCUCGUCGUGAGACCCGGGAUCUGCCCCAGCCCCCCAGUUCCUGAGUUGAACAACCACGUCAUGCCACGGUGCUUGCUCAGGGGAAGGCACACUCCCUUUGUAGGCCUGAUAGGGCCUGGGAGCUCCCCACUGAGUCCACAAUGCCACGGAAAUCCUGUUGACACCCCCCCCCACACACACACACACACCCACCCCCCCUGGGGCCUUCCCGGCUGGGAAGAGCUCAGAGCUGACAGCUGCCUCCUGCCAUGUCAAGGCCCCCUCAGAGCCCCUGGACUCCAGGGCCCAGGAAGGGGUGGGGGUGGGACUCUUCUCCCCCACCCCUGGCCCCUCCCUCUUUUCACUGUUGCUUUCUAUGUAUAGCUCCCUAGACCUUUCACUUUUUUAAAAACGCGUUUUGUGUAGAGAAUAAGGAACGUGGAUCUUUUUAUUUUGCAACCCUGGGCCAGCUAGAAACUGGGAGUCGAUUGACCUUUUAACUUUUUUCAGUGGCCACAUUUUGGUUAUCGAUGUACCUAGAAGUAUGUAAAUUAGAUUAAAUUUCUCUUCUGGAAACACCCCAGGGCAGGCGGCCAGCGUGUGUUUUUCUGUCAACUGGACAGGCUGGCAUUGUUUGGCAGCCAGGGCUGGGAUCAAGCUGUCUCUGCUCAGAACCCCUGGAGGCCCUGGGUUUUCCUCCUAGCCAACCAGACCCUUCUGGGGACAAGCCCAAGUUCCCAGCUAUUGGUUCUGAGUGGCUGGCGUAGCUGGUGGGGAGCCCUAGCCAACUGGUGACAUGGCUUUUGUGAGCAGAGGAGAGGAACCAGAGCUAUCAGCAACUGGUCUGGGAAGGGAGUCAGGAUGGAGAAGUGACCCAGGUUAGAAGGCUCUCAGAGGGCAGGAGCUGUCCAGUGAGGGUGUGGGUACCCUUCAGGUGGAGGGGAGAACGUAGCUCAUGGGACUGGCCUGCAUUCAGGACAUGACUUGUCCACAUACACAUACCCCAAACCCCAGUAAUACAAGGGGAAAAGGGAGCUGCUGGUUCCUCUGUGAUGUUAUUUAUUUUCUCACUCUGCAAAUGUUUAUUGAACAUUUCUGAGAUUUUAAGAGAUUUUGUUGGCUGCUCCUUGUUUAUUGCAUGUGAUUUUUCAGCUCAUCGUUAUCACGUCUAUGGCUAAGGGCUGGAAAGUGGCAAUGACCUCUUGGGGUAUAGAUAGCAGAGACCUCCUCUACCCCUAACCUUAUUACCCCAGAUCCCCCAACUAGCCCCUGCCUGGGGCUGGGCGGGUAGGGGAAUGGUAACCACAAGCUGUGCUAAUACAUGCCCACAGAGUGGUCUUGGUCUGCAAGCUUAGGUUUUCUGUUCAUGUGAGGUCAGAUUAUACAUCUUGCCCGGCAUAGGAGGAAUUGACCUCUUCCAUCCAUGCUAUCAUGCAGGUAGGCAUCUCCUGGAAUGAAGCUAACUCAGACACUUCCUCUUUUGUCUUUUUAUAAGUUAGUUUUAAAAAAUGUAAAAUUGAUAUGAACUCAAUGUAAAAAAUUCAAACAAUACAAGAGCUCAUAAAGUCACAUAGGAAGCCCCUCCCACCACAACCAUGCAGUGGUAGUUGUGAAGGUCUUUGAGUGGGUACAUAGAGUUCUUGCCACAGAGGUAUCUUUUCCGAAAACAGCACACCCCUUCUUGAGCCAUUCUGUCUCAGAGGUAGCACAUUGGUUGUUAAAUUACCAAGAGGAUAAAAUGAUGGCUGUGGGUACAUACCUCAGGAUGUGUGUCCCAGGGUCUUGCCUUUGGAGGGCAGGCAGGCAGGCAGGCAGGCAGGCAGGCAGGCAGGCAUCCAUCCCUGACAUUGACACUGAAAUGAGCCCUAAAGCCAGAGUCCACAUUCCUGCUUUGUAUAUGGCACUUCUCACUUAAGGCAUCAUAGUCCUUGUCCCAUAUUGGCAGCAAGUUUUGCAUAAGUCCUAUCUUUUUGGUGAGGUUUGUAAACAUUUUAUCAGAGAAUUCCUGUCAUACAAAGAAAAGUAGGAUGAACACUCAUCUACUCCAUAUAAUUCAUCACCAAUCUUCAGCUAUAAUUCCAAGCUGCGCUUUUCCCCUUCCUCAUUUGCAUUGGGGUCAAUCACAUUGUCUUAAAUCUCUUAAUAUUUCAGCAAGUUUCUCUUAAGGAUAUGGACUUCUUAAAAUGUCAUUGCACCUAAAGAAAUUUCAAUAUCAAACAUCAACAGCAUAAUUUAAAACAAGGUGUCCAAAUCAUAAUUGUACAGUUUGGUGAAUUUUCACACGUCUGCUGCUCUAUCUCAUCUCUUAGAAAUGAUGAGAGGUCUCUGACGUUAGAUUCCACACCUCCGCUAAGCGUUCUCAGAAGAGGGCUGGAGAUUGCCCUGUUACUGCAGGAUAUCCAAAGUCCAUAAUGAACCAGGAGGGUCUUAAGAGGUAACUCUGAAAUGUCAAGGACCUUGAACAAGUCAUGAAUUCCAAGACUCAGUUAUCUUGGUCCUCAAAGAUAUGAGGAAGUAUUUGAGAUGCAGACAUUUAUUACAUAUAUAGACAUGCUAUAUAAAUACAUUCGUUGUCAUUACGUCACGAUUAAUAAUGUAAGACCCAGCGCACCGACACCAGAAUGAUUUCAUUACGUACAUUGUGAUCUGUUUGAACACACGC